UAAGUUUUAAAGGAAUUUAAAAAAAUUUAAUUUAAAAAACGUUCUCUCGUCACUUAUUAAUGUCAAUUUGUUAAUAUAAAUUCAUUUGAAUAGGCUGUUGAAGCAUACAUUUGCAGAAGGCAAUGUUUUUUAAUGCUCGUUUUUUCUGCUAUGGCUGGAGAAAUGUUCAAACCCUUUCAGAUAUUGUCGGAGUUUAUUUUAUUGUCUCCAGUUUUUAUGACCUUGUAAUACUUGUUGAAAAGUAUAUGAAGACGAACAGACCAGAACCUUGGAUUAGUAGAAAUGAGUGUUUUUUUGAUUAUGAGCUGAAAGAAAUCUUAAUAGCUUUGAAUUCUGCUCUAAUACUCUCCACACUAAUUGUGCUUGUCAUCAAAAAAAUCAAAUGGUCCUUUCAACACUACUCGCUGAUAGCCUGGUUCAUCAUAGCUGCCCUGUACAUCUGCUUCAAUGUGACCUACAUUAUGCGACAGUCCAUCAAAGUUGUUGAUUUGCUAGCAGCCUGGAAGGCUGGGGAACGAAUUAAUUAUAAAUGGAAGUACAAUUUGAUUACAGGAAUUGUGUUGUGUUUAUUACUGACCAUGAGGCACUUUUUUCAUUUCUGUGGGUUUAACUUCAUGUACAAUUAUUACUUCUACCCCGAGUCGCCUGCUUACAUCUAUCAGCCACACUCGUCACCUGCAGACAGCGAUGACAGUUUCAGGGCAGAGGAGUGCGGGCGGCAAAUUAAAUCCUGCUACAGGAGGGAAAGAAAUGCGAGAACAUUCCCAAUCAUUGAUCCCGUCGAAGUGGCAGUCACGGCAGUCCCGGACACCCACGAGAACGAUCUACAAGAAGGAACAUCCCAAACAACCCAACCGUACCCUGAAAGUUCGAUCCCUACAUUUUUUCCAGAAACAGUAAGCACUGUGUCAUCAGUUGAAUCAAAAAGUUCAAGAACAAUUGUGGUUGAGGUUCACCAGGAACCCAGACGAGGUGCGGCGGUAGAUGCAGAUGAGAAGGUUCAUUCCGGUCUUCCAUCUCCUGAAGAUGGUUUUACAAAUUAGAUCAAUGUUCAUCGUGUUAGUCAUUCAUCAAUGUGAUAAACACCAAAUUUAUAUUUUUUGAAACAUUUGUAUUAUAGUUGUUGAAUAGUUUUUCUCUUUGCGGUUCUUUAAGCACUCGUUGCCUGUAUUGUAUAAACGCAUAUUUAUUAUUUAUAUACGUAUCUUCAUCAUUGUUGGUUAAAUGUUCAUUUUCUUGAAAAUUAAAACAUUACAGUAAUUGAUUGAAUCUUCAUUGGAAUAACGUAACAAUUCAACGAGUAUUCAUGCUACAGAUGACCACAGCUGGUCAGCAUUCUUCAAGAAUGUUUUUGUUCCAUCACAAAUUUAAGUUGUAAAUAUCAAAUAUCUUGAAAGAUAAUUUAGAAGUUACACAAACAAAAUUAACAAACACGCUGUGUGGUAUUGUAUAAACAUUACUAUGAAAAUUAAACUUAAGACUAAAUUAAAUAAACCACAUAUACAUUUAAACUACUACUACAAUGUUUGAAGCCCAUGUUUAUAAAACUGAAGUAUCUAACACUGAUUAGUAUUAUUGUUGCUACAACCAUUAGUUAAUUAUAAAUAUCGACCAUUAUACAAAAGUUCUCUAUUAAGUAACGAUUGUAAUGCAACCCAGAGUUAAUUAAAAAUACCUUGAAAUACAUUAAAAAAAUUAUGUUUAAUGAAUGAUUUAAUAAUAAAAAGAAUAAUAAUUAUUAAUAUAAAACAAAUAAUAAUAAAAAUAAUACGCAAUAGAAAGAUAACUUGAUGAUAGAUAGAAUUAUCCGAAUGCAUCUAACAAUAAACUAACAUUUAUUUAAUUGAUCGAUCAUGCUUAUACUCACGCAUAAGCAGUAUAUACACGUUUAUAUAUAUAUAUAAUAUAUAUAUAUAUACAUACAUAUACAUGCAUACAAUCAAUCUUCGUUUACCGUUCAGAGACCCAGUUUCCCGAGGUAGGACAUACAUACGUAUACAAAUAUUUACUCAAGCACAAAUUCAGAAAGCUCGUAUGUGCGUAUCAUAUCUGGAAAAUAGAGGAAUUAAUUUCUAUUUAAAAGGCACUGCAAAAC